AUCCCUCCAAUCAUACUAUGCAAUCAUCUUGGUCUUUCUCUUCUUCCAAAUCACACAGUAAUUCUGCUGAGCUAAAUGUGACAGCUGGAAAUCUCACCAAUGAUACCAUGAAGUCAAAAGGGAGCAAUAUCAACACCAAAAAGACUGGAAAAAGAAACCUUGCUGGAUAUUACCCUGUUUACAAUUUUAAGGGGCAACCACUCUCUGAGCUUAGAUAUGACCUUUAUGAUGAAAUCAUAUUCUUUGCAACAUCAACUACUCAAAACUUCACACUUGGAAUUGAUUAUAUGUCAGAGAGUGAAUGGGGUGAAUUGGCUGCUGACUUUGUCAAGACAUGUAAAAAUUACUCUGUUAGGCCUAUGUAUUCUGUAGGUGGCUGGUGUGGCUCCAAAUACUUUUCUUCACUUGCAGCGACUGCAGAAAACCGUACAGCAUUUGCAGAUUCAACCAUCAGUUUUGCCAAGAAAUAUGGGUUUGAAGGGAUUGAUUUUGAUUGGCUUUACCCCAGCAUUCAAGGACUAGGGUGCAAUACAAUCAGUGAAAACGAUGUAGUGAACCAACAACUUCUAUUCAAGGAAGUUAAACAAAAAUGGCCUGAAGGAAAGCUGUCUGCUGCCCAGAGUCCUUCAGGUAUCAGAAAUUCCAACUACCAAGAAUUGAAAUCCUCCGAUCUUACCCUAAUGGCUGAAGUGGUUGAUGAAUUGAGAAUUUUAGCACAUGAUGUUUAUGGAAGCUCCACCAAGACUACUGGGCCAAGUGCACCAAUAAGCUCAAGAUGUGCAGAUUCAGAAAACAAGGUAUCUGUUGAGGAUGCAAUUGAAGUUUACCUCAAGCAAGGUUUCAAACCAGAGCAAUUAAGUUUGGCCAUCCCAGGAUUUGGAAAGUCUUGGACUUUGGCUCAACCAGAACUCACACCCAAAGUGGUUGGAGAGUACACAAGUUAUUAUUACCAGAACUACACCGGUAUUCCACCGGGAGGGAAAUGGGAUGAUGAGCCUGGUGUAGAUGAUUGUGGAAAGAAAACUGGCUGGGGUGGGAUUUGGCUUGUCAAAGAGUUAGUUCAAGAUGGAUUCUUAAGCAAGGAUGAAAUGCAUGGAAUGAAAGGGUUCACCAGAUAUUAUGAUGCCUGCUCAGGACAACCAUUCCUUGCAAGAAAUACUACUAUGAUAAGUUAUGAUGAUACCCAAAGCACUUUGGCUAAAGUUAAAUAUGCAAAAUCAAAGGGCUUGGGAGGUGUUGUAUUCUUUGAUACCAUGGGCCCAAGAGACAAGACAGUCAAGGCUGCCAGAAAAGCUUUAUUCAACUAGGAUCCUCUCCUAUGGACCCUAUACAUUUCCAAAUCAGCAUCUUGUCUUUUUGUUUUCAAAUAUCAAUUUCUCAACUGCUUUUAUUUCAAAUUGAUUUUUUGGAGUUAGAUUUGAUAUAAAUUUCUUGGAUACAUCCAAUGAAAACUCAAAAGAUAAAUUACAAGAUCAAAUCAAAUCUAUAGUAUCCCACCCAAAUCAAAAGAACUGUUUUCUUUAUCUUUAUUUUUAUGUGAAGAUCAACAUGUGGCUUUCAAUGUUUUUUUUUGCUGCUCUUGGAUCUUUAAGUGCUUACUGAU